AUGGAAAAAGAAAUAAACAAAACAAAUUAUGAUGCUCACAUGGAGGCCAAAAUAAAAUGCAGAGCAGAAAAAGAAAAAGAUUUAGCAAAAGCUAAAGAAGGGAUGGUACAAGUUUGCUGUUAUGAUUUACAGGCAGUUCUACAAACACCAUGUGGAGAGGUGAAUAUGUUAUACUAUAAACGUAAAUUAGGCGUUUAUAAUUUUACUGUUUAUGAAACUUCUUCUAGAAAUGGAUAUUGUUAUGUCUGGAGUGAAGAUAAGGCUAAACGAGGUGCAAAUGAAAUUGCAUCCUGUUUAUGGAAAUAUCUAAAUGACAGUAUUAAUAGUUCAAUGAAUUUACCAAUUAUUUUUUAUUCUGAUAAUUGUGUUGGUCAGAAUAAAAAUAAAUUUAUCAUUAGUCUUUACAUGUAUGCAACUAUGAGACUUGAGAUCCCUUCAAUUACAAAUAAGUUUUUAGUGUGUGGCCAUUCACAAAAUGAAGGGGAUGCCAUGCACGCAUGCAUAGAAAAACAGAAAAAAAGAGUACUUAAAAGUGGACCUAUUUAUAUUCCGGAUCAAUGGAUUCCUGUAAUUAGUUUGGCCAGAAAAGGAGUUCCAUACAUUGUAAACCAGAUGACAACAACAGAUAUGUUGGAUUUUAAAAAGUUGAGCACUCAAAUUGGAACUAAUUUUAAUAUCAACACUGAUAAAGAAAAAGUUUUAUGGGGAAAUAUUAAAGUAAUUUAA